AACUUGGAGGCGGCGGCGGCGGCGGCGGAGGAGGCGGCGGCGGCCGCCGGGCGCUGCAGUGGGACGCGCGCGGCUGCGAGCCUGCGGGACAUGCCCCCCGCGCCGGCUCCUUGCUGGCGGCCAUGAAGAGGCAGAACGUGCGGACUCUGUCCCUCAUCGUCUGCACCUUCACCUACCUGCUGGUGGGCGCCGCCGUCUUCGACGCCCUCGAGUCGGACCACGAGAUGCGCGAGGAGGAAAAACUCAAAGCGGAGGAGGUCCGGAUCAAGGGCAAGUACAACAUAAGCAGCGAGGACUACCGGCAGCUGGAGCUGGUGAUCCUGCAGUCGGAGCCGCACCGCGCUGGCGUCCAGUGGAAAUUCGCCGGCUCCUUCUACUUUGCCAUCACGGUCAUCACCACCAUAGGUUACGGGCACGCUGCUCCGGGCACGGACGCGGGCAAGGCCUUCUGCAUGUUCUACGCGGUGCUGGGCAUCCCGCUGACGCUGGUCAUGUUCCAGAGCCUGGGCGAGCGGAUGAACACGUUCGUGCGCUACCUACUGAAGCGCAUCAAGAGGUGCUGCGGCAUGCGCAACACGGAGGUGUCCAUGGAGAACAUGGUGACCGUGGGCUUCUUCUCCUGCAUGGGGACGCUGUGCAUCGGGGCGGCCGCCUUCUCCCAGUGCGAGGAGUGGAGCUUCUUCCACGCCUACUACUACUGCUUCAUCACGUUGACUACCAUUGGCUUUGGGGACUACGUGGCCCUGCAGACCAAGGGCGCCCUGCAGAGGAAGCCGCUCUACGUGGCCUUUAGCUUUAUGUAUAUCCUGGUGGGGCUGACAGUCAUAGGGGCCUUCCUCAACCUGGUGGUCCUCAGGUUCCUGACCAUGAACAGCGAGGACGAGCGGCGGGACGCCGAGGAGCGGGCGUCCCUCGCCGGCAACCGCAACAGCAUGGCCAUCCACAUCCCCGAGGAGGCGCGGCAGGGCCGGCCCCGGUACAAGGCGGACGCGGCGGACCUGCAGUCCGUGUGCUCCUGCACCUGCUACCGCCCGCAGGAAUACGGUGGCCGCUCGGCGGCACAGCAGAACUCCUUCAGCGCCAAGCUCGCCCCCCAGUACUUCCACCCCAUCUCUUACAAGAUCGAGGAGAUCUCACCAAGCACAUUAAAAAACAGCCUCUUCCCGUCCCCUAUUAGCUCCGUUUCUCCCGGGUUACACAGCUUUACCGACAACCACAGGCUGAUGAGACGGCGGAAGUCCAUCUAGGGUCUGGGGAGGGAAACACAAACAGAAGUCAUUUGUCAUAGCUGACGUUAAGUCUCAUUGGCCCACCUUGUCUUAUUUAUUGAUUAUGGUUAUAUCCUUUAUUGUUAUGAUUACUGUCAUCAUUUUUUCUUUCUCUCCUUCCCUCUUUCUUGGUUUCAUUUCUUCCCCACCUUCCCAGCGAGACAGAGCAGGCCAAAGGGAAAAAAGGAAAGGCCCGUCUUCCUGUGAAACUCGCAUCUGAGCAUGAAGCAUGGAUUUCUUCCUUCUUCCCAGCAAAGUAUGCCUUACAUUUCUCCCCAGCCCGCCCCACCUCUGGGGUGGCUUUCCCAGGACAGGUGUGAGACCCAGACAAGGAGACAGAGCCCAGAGGAUACCUGACCCAAAGUUGCACACGCGGCUGAGAGCCUCGAGUGCCCACCCACAGUGGUGUCUCUGACCCAACUCCUUUCUCUUUUCCUCCCCAAGCAGUGGGUGGCCGAAUGUGUGUGGUCUGAGUCUGUGUGAAUGAGUGCACACGCCAGUGUGCUUCUGAUGUGACAAAAUGGAACGUAUCAGGUAUUCAUCCUUCUUUUCCGUCACACAAUUUUGUUAAUAGCCUGCUUUCGGCCGCUUCCAAACAAAACGGGAAAACAAACAAAACCCACGAGGUUUUUGAUUUAUCAUCUUGCCAAAUCAUGCAUGUUCCACAAGCAAUCUUUAUCCCAGAUACGUCAUGACCACAUUUUUAAAGCGCUAGAUUCUAAAUUAUAUUAACUUCUUUUUAGGGGGUGGGUGGGCAAGCCGACACGGAUCAUUUUAGCUUGCCAGUUCAAAAAUUUUUUAAACAAGCAUGCACUUUGUUAAACUGGUAUGCGUUAUCAACACAAGAAAACAAAACUAGCAAUGGAGUAAUCAAAAGCCAAUAAUAUUAAUUUAUUAGAGACAUUUUUAAUUUUACCACCUCUAGUUCCAACAAUUUUCCAUGUAACUGGCCGUGUUGGGGGAAACUGGAAAAUUGUUGCAACCACAGAGUAUUUUAUUCUCUCUUAUUUGUGUAGCAUCUACUACAUGAAUAAGAAUUACAGUUCAGGAUGCUUGGAUGAGAAUGGGUAUUGGUAAGUGGAUGUGGUUUCUUUUCCUAAUGAAAAACGACAGGGCAUUCCUCAUUUUAAAGAAUAUAUAUACUGUAUUUUAAGAAAGAUUGUCUCUAACUGCAUUUGACUUGUAAAUAAGGGAAUGUUGAUGUUGGUCUCAGGAAGAGUUUGGAGGCGAGGAGCUGAGUCUUGGCCUGCUGGGAACUUGUCAGUCUCAGGGGGUGAUCUUUUUUCUGAAUAAUGGAGAAAUUCCUCCCCACUCUCAAUAGGGGAUGACCCCAAAGGGAAGGCCUGCUAACAUCCUGGGGCGGGGGGGCUAUAGAACAUAGCACAUUGGAGGCCCUUUCCACGACAGGAAUAAAGCAAAGUCUCACCUCCAGAUUCACGGGGGGACCUUCAUUUCCCUCAUCACUGUCUCGGCCAUUUCUAAAAAUCAGCCAUCCUCACUUCCCUUUUUCAAAUUCUUCCAGCUCUUGGACAGCAAUGUGCUUUGGCUGGGCUGCUCAGGAGCAGAUAACCUUUGAUCUAUAAGAGAGAGAGAGGCACUGAGAGGGUGAGUGAUUUGCCAAACGUCAGAGAGCUGGUCUUUGCUAGAACUGAGACAUUAGUCUCAGUCUGGACCCCAAAAGCGUCCAAGGAGCUGACCCCACCACAUUAUGGCACCCUCAUUCAGCCCUCAGAUGAGGGAACCUGCAUCUCUUUCUCCACAGGUAAGUGUGCCAGGCUUUUAGAGUCAGUUAGAGGUACACAGGUUCAACCCUUCACUCAGAACUGGUCCCCUCACCAGUGUACAGUGAUCAUAAAGUGACCUACUUCUGCUUGAAUGCUUCCAGUGACAGGGAGCUCCUCCUUUCGCAGGGAAGUUUAGAAAACAUCCCAUAAUCUCUCUUUCCACAGAGCUGACUCUUCUUUGUAGGAUUAAGGAGGGUAAGAUGAAGUCUUUCCUGUUUGUGGGAUGGCCACCAACUUAAGUGUCUGAAGCAACUUGGAAUUUCUCUUGGUUCCAUAUCCUAGCCCCCCCACCCCCCGCCCUUUGCUACCAGCUCAGCCCCUGAAGGACACGUACCAAGUCUUCUGUUCCAAAGGUAAACAUCCUCGUUUAUGCUCAGAGCGUUCGGGGGUGGAGGGGAACCUCGGUUUGCUUCCCUUGUGAUGUCCUUCUUUUUCUCAGAUGGUCGGGCUCUUCCCUACCACGCUGUCUGGCCCAGGAGUCCUCUAGGUGCAUCCAGUGAGGUGCUCUGAUGGGGGCGCUGAGUCAGGAGUUCUCCAGGGUUCUCGUCUCUUGAUAAAGCAGGCCUGGGGCAUCUCCACCUAGAGCUGGGCCCCCCCCGCCCAUCAGCAUUGGAAUCCUCAAAAGCCAAGGGGAAGCUUAGUCUGAGUCACCUCGCUGAGGUCCCUCAUCUUCAGGAAAGGAAAUCAAGGUCCAGAAAGGCUGGACACGAAUCUGAGGCCCCACAGCCAGAACUUAGGUCUUCCCACUUGUUUAUCCUGCUGCUUCGUCAUUGCUGUCACACCCUCCAAACAGUCCUUGUUGCUGGACUUUGCAGCAUCUCGGACCCAGGUCUCUCUUCCCCCGCCCCCCCCACAGCUGAUGAUUUCUUUCUUUCAGCCCAGGUUUCCCACACCCACUCAGGGAGGGGGAAGAAAUCUCACCAGGUUGUUUGAAUUUGGGCCCCAACUUCCGUUAGAAUGAGCUGAAGAAGAGCCGCGUUCCACCAGCAUCACAGGAGGUUGGCCUGCCACGUGGUCCCUGGUGGGGGUCUAGAAAUCAACAUGCCACAUAGAUACUCAAAGAGAUUCUGGACUCUCACUUGAAUGCUUUCCAACUAGGAGAUCUCAAUCCAUCCCCUCCAUCAGAGACAAAAGGAAGGUAGGCAGUGGUACCAAUUAGCCCAGCAGCUCUGAGUGCCAUGCUUUCUAGAGACCAUCCCAUUUUGAUCUUUAUGACAUCCAUCCUGGGUGGAAGGUGCUGUCAUGCCAUUGGUCUGCUAGAUUCUUUACAUAGGAGUGAACCAACCUGUUUGGCCUUUGAGAUACCCAGUUAGCCCCAGAGCUGGGAUCGGAGCACUUCUUUCCAUCCACGCCACUCUGUUCUGAAACUCAGGCAGCAGCCUCUCAAACACAGCAGGCUGCCUGGUGCUCUAAAUUUAAAUACCGUCUCUGAAGCAUCUGUUGUGCUCCACUGUGCAUCACCAAUUGGGAGGAGGGUACCUGCGCUUUGGAAUGAUCACAGCAGAUCACUUGCAGCCCAGGAAUCCCCACUGGGUCCCUAAUCCUUCCAGCAGAGGAAGCAGAUGGAUGCAGACUGCUGCCCAGGAGGCCUGGCUUUGCAGGUGCUCGUCAAAACCCAUCUGUAGGAAAGGGUGAGUUGACUGCUUAAUCUCGGUGCACCGUCGUUUGGUCUCUGCACACGGGGCCUCGGUUGGGAGAAUAUCUGGAUGGUGACUUGGAAACCUGCAGAUAAGCCCAGGCAGGUCAUUUUUCUCUGCCUCCAGAUCUUCUGAAAGCCUUGAUUCCUAGUGAUUCCUGGUCACUAGCGGUUUGAAGCUGGAGGGAAGAAUGGUUUGGAGGCAUUCGUUGUGCACACUGAGUUUGGAGGGGUAGGUGAGAGAGGUAAAAAUGAUUAAAGAAGGAAAACCACCCAUCGCUGAGGUUUUCGGCCCUAUUUCUUUAUGUAAACUUCUUAAAUAAUAGGCCCUAAUUAGGGUACCCGUUAAGGGCAUCCACAGAGGCGUGGGGUCUGAGGCCUGUGCCGGACUAUGUCCGUUCUCUUGGUGGGACGGGCGGUAUCAUCUGUCCAACACUCCAAUGAAUUGUAUCUUCACCCUGAAAGGGGUGGGAUGUGGGGUCUGUCACAUGCAGGCCUGCUGCCUGGGAGUGGCUGACGUGUGUUUCUUACAGAGUCGUGGUUUGUGUGGGACCCCGGAAGGAUCCCAGGCAAGGAAAGUUUGGCAGGACGGGGACCCGGUUCUCACCUCCAGCUUCACUGGGCUCCUGGAAAUCCGUUCCCCUCCCUGGGCCUCUGUAGCUUCCUCAUCCACACAAUGGGCCAAUUUGGGCUGAAUUUGUGAGCAUUUAGCACAAUAUCAAUCUGACUGGUGAAGACAUUUGGCCUGAUGUUCUGGUCACUGGGCACAUUUGAGGGUUGAGCCACAACAUUGAAAACCCAAAAUCAUUUCGUUUGGCAGCAUCCUGGGAGCUGGGAAGAUGGCAAGUGAGUAGGCAGAGGCAUCAAGAAGGGUGGUCAUCGUGCAAACGAAGGCCCCGUGCGUGCUGGGUUCCCCAAGGCCCUGGGCAUACAUCCAUUUUAUGUGGUUAUUUCUUGAGCACACCUUAGUAGGGGUUGCUGUUUGGGGGGGGGGCGGGGAGGGAAACCUAUUACCAUGAUUCCUCCCUAUCGCCCCAACUUUCUGUUGUGAAAAUUCCAGAUUUACAGAAAACUUCCAUAUCCCUUUCACCCAGACUCACCAGCCUUCAGAACUUUGCCACAUUUGCUUAAACCGCCCCCCACCCCGACAUUCAUACCCAGGGGCAUUUGGAGGAUGAAGUGACGUCUGCAACUUUUAGGUGGUUCGGCCAAAGCGAAAAAUUGUUUCUCUCCCAGGAACAAAAGCCUUCUCUUUGGUAACAGUGCUGUUAUCACCCUUAAGUUUAGCAGUCAUACAGUGAUAUUGUCUAAGACGCAACCCAUAUUCACAUUUCUCACGUCGUCCCAAAAAUGUCUUCCAGGGCCUUUUUGUGAAUCUGAGAGACAAUCCAAGAUUGCAUCCCACAUUGCUUGUCUGCUCACCCCAGACUCCCCCGGUCUAGGAUGUUUUCUCCGUUUUUGUUUGUCAUGACGUUGCCACUUUGUUGUCUGAGCCGGUUCUGUUGUGGGCGGGCCCACGACCUGCCUCUGUUUCCUCAGGUUAAGGAAUUAAAGGUGAUGUUGUUACGAUUAAUGCAUUUGAGAAAUUUGACUCUCUGGAGACCUCUGUGAUAACCUCUUUCGUCGUAGAUAAAUAAGGCAUAUUAAGUGCUGUUCCCCUUUGCCGGAGACACGAACUGAAGCUGUAGGAAAGGUGUCCAGGAGCUCCUGGAUGCUGGGUCUCGUCACCAAAGCCGAGUAAGCCUCUGCUAUUUCUAACUUCUCACAUGGAUCUCUCUUCUCUGCUGGGAGUCAGCAAUCUUUCCCCUAAACACCUGUGGGGAUGAUGCAGCUAUAAAUAGACAUAAAGCACCAAGACAUUCUUUCAUGGGUUGUAAAGGGUAGCAAGUGUAGCCCAGUAGAGUGGUUGGAAGGAUGCCCGUAAGCCAGUGGGGUACUCGGCACCCAGUUCCUUCUCAUCUCUGUUUGAGAUGUGCGUUUGCACUGGCAAGUUCUAUAGCAUGGCCUUCUCAGUUCUGGUAGCAUAGAGCAACCCACUGGCUGAGGCACGGUCCCUUUAAUUUUGAUCAAGAAAAUAUGUCCAUACAGAUUCCCGCCUCUGAGCCUUUGCCCAUUCUGUUCCCGCUACCUGGAAGGUAUCCCUGCCGCUCUCCAGCAAGGAGGUGGAGAUGGGAGCAUACUUUAAAAGCUCCUUCUGACUAUUUGUUCCAUGAGGGACUCAAUGAUGUCCUCCUCUGGGGUCCCCAGUCCUUCUUUCUAUCAUGGACAAAUACACUGGGAAGCAAACCUCCAGUGACCCGGCCAUAGGAGCUAUACGUUCUGGGCAGCGCCCACAGCAGGGCAUAAAGACAAUCAGACUUCCAGCAUCUUGCCUAAAUGGCCACUCGUCACUGUCAUCAAGGCACGUCUUAACUUCACUGCCAGACUUUGUUCCAUCCCUGGGAACCGAUGCACAUCCAUGGGAUGAAAACCAUCACCCCACCGUUGGCGAUUCAGAGGUAUUUGCCUGGCAGAGUUGGGUGGGCCACGUGCAAUAGGGCCACAAGCUGUCCACAGCUGGGCAUUUCCCAUAAAGCAGGUGGUCGGUACAUCUUCAGACGCCAGCGGCACGCUUGUGACAUUUUGCCCUGGAGUGAGUGAGCCCUGUGAUGCGAGUGUCAACAGGAGCCAGGGCAGCACCGUUUUCUCAUGGGAGUACUUCUGGUAGAGGCUGAGCGGUGUGGGGCACACACGGCGAGGGACAGGAUCCCCGGCCUCGGCUCUGCACCUGCCCAGCGCUCGCUCUGGGGCCCUGAGACAGGACAGGGCAGGCUCUUCUUUCUCUGCAGAGCAGCGUGAGGGAAUAAAGCUGCAUGCACACCUGGGACCGGCUUCUGCCGUUCGCAGGCAGGUGGUGGUUUUGCCUCUCUGAGCCUCUGUGUUCCAGCCUUUAAAGUUGGAGGUUUCAGAUAAACCCCACUGCACAGGGUGCCUACAAGAACAGCAUGUGCCAACAUCGGGCGCCUAUUCUGAGCAGAGUGCCGAGCUAGAGUUCUUAACGCCGUUUGCAUUUCUUCUAAAGGCGAGUCCAAGGCUCCUGCAAGCUUACUCCCGGGCACUUGACUAAGUCCAGCUAUGGGAAGAGGUGAUCAGUCUGGUGGAGGAACGCAGGCAGGGCUUCAGGGAGGAAUUGGCUUUUGGUAAUCUUUGAGGAGAGCCCUGAAGGAGCAAGUGGGCACUGUUGCAUGGGCAGAGGCCCAGGCAUGGGAAAGGGCAGGGAGCAGCUAUUUCAGCCAGUGCUCCGUGGCUUCUCUACCACAGAGCCACACCUGAAAGAUGAGUCAGUGAGCUAUCAAGGCCCUUCACAAGCUGGUCACACCUUAAGUCAUCCAGGCUACUCUCCUGCUCAGGAACCUUCCAUGGCUCCCCAGUGCCCACACAUUUUAUUUCAAGGUCCUUCGCUCUAACACCCAGAGCCUGAGCCCUGGGCUCUGAUGGAGGAGCUAUCCAUCCUGAUAUCCCUACUGGGUUCUCCUCUGAUUACAAAAGUCUGAAACUAGAUCCUGGAGCCUCACCCAAUUUGAAUUCUGUGGCGUCCUAUUCUUCAGGUGGACGUUAGGUCUGAUUUGCAUAUGGGAAUAUUUCUGGAUAGGAUCUACUUGGUCUUUCAUUUAAGCAUCCUGGGGGCUUGUUCUGGUGCAGACUUCCAACAGCUUGACAAAAGGUUAGCGUGAAACCACUAAAAGGAAAACGUAUACAUUCUUGGGCUUUCUUGGCGUGAAGAAUUCGCUGUUUGCUGAGACUCUGGGAGCAACAGAUUUUGUGGCUGCCUGUGACCAGGAAUGAGGGGUGGAGAGAGGAGAAGAGGACGCACUUGAGGGCAAGGUAACUUUUUACUUGGGGAGUUUUUAUUCUCCACAUCAUCCCGUUCACUGUUGGAUCCUAACUUCAGCCUCUUGGAGGCUCCAGUCGAGUUGCCUGGGGACCCCUACCAUCCAGAGAGCAGCUCUUGAUCUUGAAGAGGGAGGUCUUGUGAAGGUUAGCUAUAAGCCUCGACCACUACAAACAUAAAACCUCAGCUUUGCCCCUUCCAGCUCCUGAGCGUUGGGGGGUGGAGGCCUCAGGGCCUUCGUAAGCACCCACCCGGGCAACGGCUUUCUUUCCUUCCUCUUUGUAAUCAGGCCAAGUGGCCUUGGGCAAGUCACUUCCUCUCCGACAAAGGAUGGAAUGGCCAGGGGAGAGGCAGACGCUGGUGAAGAUGACAGGAGAUCAGUGUCAUUAUGUUCCAUGCUCUUGGCUGACAUUUCCU